AUGGGUAGCAAGAAUACACCUGUUAGCAGGGUUGUUGAAUAUGAUGUUCAAGGUGAUAUCGAGACAAACAAAUCGAAUCGAGUAGUGGAGGACAUUGAAUCAUUAUCAUCAACUAUAACCAAUACUGAUGAUGAUAAAAAUCCUUUCAAGAACCCUGAAAUUGCAAAGUAUUGGUCUGGUGUCUAUGAGAAAGCUCAAUAUGAAUGCCGUCACCUUUUUGAUCCUCAUUUCACUUGGACAAAAGCUGAAGAACGCAAAUUAGUCUGGAAGUUAGAGUAUAGAGUUACAUUGUUAGCUUGUUUUAUGUUUGUUGGUUUACAAAUUGAUAGGGGUAAUCUGGCUCAAGCUGUUUCUGAUAAUAUGUUGAAUGAUUUAGGUUUAACUACAAAAGAAUUCAAUAAUGGUAAUACUAUUUCAAGAAUUUGCUUUUUAGUUGCUGAAUUACCUUCUGGAAUUAUAAGUAAAGCUAUUGGUCCUGAUCUUUGGUUACCAAUUCAAAUGAUCAUAUGGUCUAUUGUUGCUGCUUCACAAGCUGCAUUGAGUGGGAAAAAAUCAUUCUACACCACUAGAGCAUUGAUUGCCCUUUUGGAAGGGGGUUUCAUCCCAGAUAUGGUGCUUUGGCUCUCUUAUUUCUUCACCUCUAGUGAGUUAUCUACAAGAUUGGCUUAUUUUUGGACCUCCUUGUCCUUAUGUGACAUAUUCACCGCCCUAUUGGCGUUUGCUUUGCUGAGAAUGAGAGGUGUUUCAGGACUAGCAGGUUGGAGAUGGUUAUUUCUUAUCGAAGGUUUAUUCACUUUAUUGAUUGGUAUCCUUUCUUAUUUUUUAAUGGUCCCUUCAGCUGUUCAAACUAAAAGACCGUGGAACAAAAAAGGUUGGUUUAGUGAUCGGGAAGAGAAGAUAGUUGUCAAUAGAGUUUUAAGAGAUGACCCUUCUAAAGGUGAUAUGCAUAAUAGACAAGCAUUAACGUUGAAUACAUUAUGGAAAUCAAUUACUGAUUUUGACUUGUGGCCCAUUUAUUUGAUUGGUUUACUGGCAUUUAUUCCUCAGGGCACUGUAAACAGUUAUUUGACUUUAACUUUGAAAGGAAUGGGAUUCAGUACUUUUGAUACAAAUUUGAUGACUAUCCCUGCAAGUUUCCUACAUAUCAUUACAUUGUUAACAAUCACCAAGCUAUCAGAGGUAUUCAAACAUAAAAGUUACAUUAUAUUAAUAAACCCGGUUUGGACCAUCCCUUGUUUAGCUGCUUUGAGAUGGUGGAAUGGAACAUUCAAUAAUAAAUGGGGUACAUGGAUAUUGGUUACGGUACUUUUAUCAGUUCCUUAUAUUCAUGCUAUUAAUGUUUCAUGGUGUUCAAGAAAUUCAAAUUCUAUUAGAACUAGAGCAGUAUCUGCUUGUUUAUAUAAUAUGUUUGUUCAAUUGGGUGGUGUUUGCUCUUCUCAAAUUUAUCAACCAUCUGAUAAGCCUUAUUAUCACAAGGGUAAUCAAAAGUUGUUAGCCAUAUCUUUAGCAACUUUGGUUUUGAUGUUGGGUACAAAGAUUUAUUACGUCGCUAGAAAUCGUUACAAGUCAAAGAAAUGGGACAAUCUCACAGAUGAACAAAAAGCCAGUUAUAUACAUACUACAAAGGAUGAAGGAACAAGAAGAUUAGAUUUCAGAUUUGCCCAUUAG